UUGACCUUUACACUUUGGACUUUUGUUUUGUGUUCAGAUAGAGAUAUAUCUUCAAAAUCUUCAGUAAAGUUUCUUUACUAGAAUCUAGAUUCUAUACUAGAUCUAGAGAUCUAGAUCUUGAGUCUAGAAUCUAAAUUCUAGACGUCUUUAAAGCUUAUCUAAAUCUAGAUGUCGACUGUAUUACAGAAUGCUAACAUGUAAGAACAAGCUAUUUUUCAUUCGACCAAGCAUAUGUGGAUUAUUUCAUGGAUCAGCACCAUUAUCAUUCAACUCUGCUGAUACUAGCAAUUUAGUAAGCAUGAGAAAGAAUGAAAACAUUGAAGUAAGUGGAGCUUCAUUAGAAAAACUUACUCAGUCUUCAAUGCCUUUUGCUAGUGCCAAAAUAGGGAACUUUUUCCAAAGUGGCCCAGAAUUAAAAAACCAGUACACUCAAGAUUCACUUUUAAAGAGUUACUUGCGACACCAUGUACCAGAUAAGCAUUUUUCUAUUAUUAAUGCUGACCUUGAAAGAUUUGGGGACAGAGUAGCUGGAGAGCUCUACAAUCUUUCUCUUCGAAUGGAAGCAGAGCAACCUAAGCUUGAACAAACAAAUGCCUGGGGAAUGAGGGUAGACAAGUUGAUUACAUCAACAGCAUGGCAAAGAAUGAAAGAGAUAGCUGCAGAAGAAGGACUUGUUGCUUGUGGAUAUGAAAGAAAGUUUGGUGAAUGGAGUCGAUUGUAUCAGAUAGCAAAGUUCUUUCUCUUCGAACCCUCUGGUGGGUUAUACGGAUGUCCACUAGCAAUGACAAAUGGAGCUGCAAAAACGCUUGAGGUACUAAAAGAACAGUGCCGUCCAGUUUAUGAGAGAGCUUUCCAUCGUUUAACAAGUAGAGAUUCUAAAAGAGUUUGGACUUCUGGGCAAUGGAUGACAGAAAAAAAGGGGGGAUCUGAUGUUGCAGGAGGAACAGAAACUGUUGCUAUCAAACAGACUGAUGGUUCUUAUAAGUUAUAUGGAUACAAAUGGUUCUCUUCUGCAACUGAUGCAGAUGUAGCAUUGACUCUUGCAAGAGUGUUGGAUGCUAAUGGAGCAGUUGUUGAGGGAACUCGAGGGCUAUCCCUAUUUUAUUUGGAACUAAGAGAUGAACACGGGGCUAUGAAUAAUAUUCAGAUGUUGAAGCUCAAAAAUAAACUUGGGACUAAACAGCUCCCAACUGCUGAGUUAUUGAUUGAUGGGGCUCAAGCAAUUAAGUUAUCAGAUGAUGGUAGAGGAGUUGCGUCUAUGUCACACAUGUUGACAUUAACUAGAAUACACACUGCAAUGGGGGCAGCUUCUGCAAUGAGACGAAUAUGUAAUCUUGCAAAAGACUAUGCCAUGAAACGUAAAGCAUUUGGGAGGAAUCUUCACAGCCAGCCCUUACAUGUUCAUACACUUGCUGAGAUGGAGGUGGAAACUAGAGGAGCAACUAUAUUUGUAUUAGAACUGGCACGUUUGCUGGGUAGACAGGAAGUAUCUAGCAGUUCUCUUCAGCUUGAAGAGGAGAGUGAAGUUUUGAGACUUAUUGUUCCACUUGCAAAGCUGUAUGUGUCCAAACAGUCUGUUGCAGUUGUUUCUGAGGGCUUGGAAUGUUUUGGUGGCCAGGGUUAUAUAGAGGACACAGAUUUACCAAGAAUCUUGCGAGAUACACAAGUAAAUGCUAUUUGGGAAGGAACUACCAAUAUUUUAUCCCUUGAUGUGCUGAGAGCAAUUAUGAAGUCUUCAGGCUCAGUUCUAAAAUGUUACAAAAAAAAUGUUUUAAAGAACUUAGAAACAGGUAGAAACAACAGUGCUCUAAUGCCUCAGAUUAAAACACUGGAAGAAUCUUUGGAUAAAGUUUUGGCUUAUUCUUCUAAAUUAUCAAGAGUUUAUCUUGAAAUGGCAUCAAGAGAUUUGGCUUACAGUCUGGCUGCAAUUUACAUAGGUGCCUUGUUGGUUAAUCAUGCUUCACAUCCAGAUGCCACCAGCUCAGAUAUUUAUACAGCACAGCGGUGGUGUGAAAAAGAUUUAGCUGCACUUUGCAGUAAAGAUGACAAUAAGCACUUUACCAACACCGCUGAGAUGGAAAAUGUUAGCCUUGUGUUUGAUGGAUGUUACCAUCAAAGUAACUUGUGAAUGCUACAUUAAAGAAUUUUGCUUAAUUAAAACAUUAAAGAGUCUGAUUCAACCCUACUCCUAACCUUUUCUUUUUUCUAAUCAAAAUGCUGCUUUAGUUUAAUCAAAGAACCAUUAGAAUAGUAGUGACUAAAUACCAUAAAUGGCCACGCAUCAGGGUCCACUAACACUAUUUUCCCCAUGCCAAUUUAUAGUUAUUAAAAAGUAGUUUAUAAUGUUUUCUCGUCUUUUUAGUGCAUUGUUACAUAAAAGCUUGUUAUUAAAACGUUUUUUAUGAAAAAAAUUUCAGUACUUAAAAUUUAAUUUUUUUUUCAAUAGAGUUGCAUGACUAAAAACCAUUGCGCACCUAAUGAACGUGAUGACACGUGUAUAAUAGUGCAGAGUAGUUGGAUGAGACAGCCUACUAAUUUGGACAAAAUUUAAAUUAAUUGAUACAAAAAUUAAUUAGGCAUCUAAUGAAGUCAAAUUUAAUGUCAUGUUGCAUUGUCUUCCUGUUUUGACCCACGUGGCAACUUUGAACCGUUUCUGUCAGUUAGAAGUGCCCGAAUUUUCGCUCGGCUGUUUCGAUCUAGACAGACACACUGACGACAUACUGACGAAGAAGUGAGUUAAAUAAAAGCUUGUAACAACUCCGUAGUCUUGCUUUAGACUAAAUUUUUAUUUUAUAUCAUAAGCGUUGAGAAUAUUAAAAUUAAAAUGUAAUACUUAGGCUAUAAACAUGUAUUUCUAUUUCACCAUGAUGAUAAUAUUUUGUGUUAUAUUUUUAGUCAUAAUUAUAAUACUGUAUGAUCUAUCUGUUACCAUAUUUGAAUUUUGAAUAAACCCUGAAAAAACU